GCUUGAACCUCACUGAGUUGUAUUCGUACGAACACAUACGUAGUAGCAAAGGUCCAUCACCUACGUGCAAUGACGCCCCGACGGACCAUGUAAAUUCAACAUCCAUAUCGGGAGCCGUUCAAACAUGGAGCGGCCUUUCUCAACCUCGAAGGUUACCGUUGAGUACUUCGAUCCCCACGAUGUGUACAAACUUGUUGCGCCGGGUCUCGUCCCUCGACUGCCCCUUCGAAACUUGCAUUGGCAGUCGCAUGCCGGUCCUUUGCGAUCCAUCGACACCCUCCACGUUGAACUCACACCCGCUGGCGGCGAGCCUGGCGCCCCGACCUCACCUGCCGCUUCUCCCUCGUUGAGCCGCUCUGUCAGUGCGAGCGCCAAGGACGAUGGCUUCCAGACACAGUCAAUUGGAGGCAAGCCGGCAUCUUCAGAUGCUACCGACACGCCGCCUAUUGCAGCGCGACAGCCUGGCAAGGAACGACGCCAUCAGAUUCCUGGCCUGAGACGGACGCCCUACCUCAAGGUCUUGCUAGUUCGAUGCGACGACAGUGACACGUACAAGUCUCAGACGAGAUCCGAAAUCCGAGAGUGGAUCAAGCAAAACACCCCCCCAUCGCAGUCGACGCGGAAGCUGAACACGCAAGAGAACCAUGACGCCUUCGAGUUUCUGAUUGUCCACGUUGUGAUACCAAACACUUUUGCGGCCAACCAGCCCAGAGUCAGUGGCAAGGGACCCGAUGCUACCGAAAAGUCAAGGACAUCAAGAUGGGGUUCGGGCUCCUCGACGCUCCUCGAGAAGCUUCGGUCCGACUUUAAUAGUUCCAGCAAGGGCGCGAUUGAUCGUGUUGCCCAGAUCCGGAUCGGCAUCAACGAUGUGCCGUAUGACGUUCUUCCCCGGGUGGUGCCUGCUACCCCAACUGGCUACACCGAGUCGCGACAGGAUGCUGAGAAUGCCUGGGAAGAUUUGAUUGGCAAGUUCAAGGAGCUGAUCCUGUCGUCCUUUGACAUGAGGGUGUCUCAGUACGAGGAGGACAUCAAAGAGAAAGAUGCCCAGCGCGUCCUCCCAGGAUGGAACUUUUGUACCUUUUUUAUUCUGAAGGAGGGUCUCGCGCGUGGGUUCGAGAGCGUGGGCUUGGUUGAAGAUGCUCUUGUCGGCUAUGACGAGCUCAGCGUCGGCCUCGACACCGUUGUUCAAGAACAGGCCACAUCCGGGGACCCCCAAACGCAUGGUGGAUCACUACUGAGUCACACAGAGGAUCUUGUGAAGCGUGCUGAAGCAGCCAUCGCUGAGUUGGUUGACGAAGAUGGAUCUGUCGAAGAUGAACAGCCGGUUGAUCUUCAGGCAAGUGAAGUGCAAAAGGCCGACAAAUUUGACGACAUUCCUAUCAGCUCUACAAAGAAGCCGUAUCGUGAGAUGAUCGUUGCCAAUAACGUUUCAGUCUAUGAUUUCCGUUGUUACAUCUUCUCGAGGCAAAUCUCUCUAUUGCUUCGCCUUGGCAACGCAUGGUCCACGAGAGAGGAACUCCUCGCAAAGCUUAGGGAGCAACAGGAAUCGGUUCUCCAUGGUGUUGCUCCGCGAGCACCGCCUCCCAAACAGACGGAAGAAGCCGAAAACCUUACAAUGCUGGCUGAGAUCUGCCGCAGGACAUUGGAAUUCAUUCCUGCUGUUUCGCAAGUAAUGAGGGCAGACAUCCUGUCAGCACUGAAGAACAAGCUCACGGAGGAGGACUCGCCCAUUCUCAACCCUGUUCUGGCCGAGACUAUCGACAACCUAGUUGCCUCUUUUGCUUUCUCGGUUGCGCAACAGAUCCUUGCUCAGACUUCCACAAAGGCUCUUCCUAUUCCGCCAUCCACUCUUACUCCUGCCGACGCGCAUGAGCCCAAAUCGUCGAUCCCGGAGCUCAAAACGAUAAUGCACCCGGUUCGAAACUCCUCUUUGCGCGUAGGCACAAAUUCAGAUACGAGACAACCGCCCAGCCCCGGCAUCUUCCCUGGCGCACCAGCGUCCAGUGGCGAAGAUGCAGCAUCGCCCAACGCUCACUUCUUGAAGGCUGGCCUAGAAGAACUCGCCGCGCGUCGUGCCGAGCUGUAUGCACUCUCCAGAAAUGUUCUGCAGGGCAGUGGGAGGAAGCGCGGCUGGGAUACUGGAUGGACCUCGGCGCCAGUGAUUGGAGAGAUGGAUGGCAAUGACUUCGAAGACGUCAGCCUCCAUGGUGACGAGGAGAAGAGGCCACCCCCGGACGGUCCAGAGCCACUCUGUAUAGGAUUGGCCGGCAUCGAGAAUGGCCUUUUGCACGCCGCCCUUGGCGACCGGGAUGGCUUCUACCGCCUCUACGAAACUCUCACCGACAAGGCUUUGCGCCAUUACACCGUUGCAAACCAUACUCACGCUGUCAAGACUAGUAUGGCUGACCUAGCCGUGUUGAAAUAUCACUUGGGCGAGUACGGGCCCGCGGCAUCAUUCUUCUACAUGACGACGCCGUUUUUUGGAGAGAACAGCUGGAGCUUACUGGAACUGUCGAUGCUCGUCAUGUACUCUCGAUGUCUCAAGGAGCUCCAACGAAAGGACGAGUUCAUUCGCGUAGGACUGAAACUUUUGACGAAAGCAGCCGCUGCAGAGAAUGAAAAGUUGCAGCGCAGAAAGCAACUGUCCCUAGGAGCUCGCUCGGAGGUCCAGUAUCCUGACAAGAGCGCCAUUGCUGGUUUUCUCGACGACGUCCUGAGUGUGGCCAAGACACUUUCCAAUGAAGUGAGGGUGCCUCUAGGGCACCUCUUCACUCAAGUUGAAGUUGUUGGGCCCCCCGAAUACCACAACGGGAGAGACUGCUUCUCUCUCACCGUCAAAUUGCACAGUCUGCUCAUGGAUGAUUUGAGUUUGGAAAAAGCUACAAUUCGUCUAUCCAGAACUACACCAGGAGGGGCGAAGGAGGUUUGGUUACACACCUCUGAACCGAACACUCUGAGGCCUGGCGUCAAUAAGCUCCUUCUCACCAGCACUACAAAUGUAUCCGGGCACUACAAAAUCGACCGCGCAGAUCUGAUAUGUAACAAAGUCGAUUUACACUGGGAACGAGACGUAAACCAAACACCAAGCAAGAAUGCUCAAAUAUUCCGCUUGUCCGAUUUAGAGCUUUACCGCCCAGCAGGUGGUUUGAGUUGUCGUCUAACGGCAGCCAGGAAUAUUCAACUGGACAAAAACAGCUCGGUGGAUCUGGAACUUUCUACUGGUUGGAAUUCCAUCAAAUCUUGCGUACUCUCUGUGAAGCCGUCGACUGGUGGUCUGAGGAUCAUUUCGACCGAAGCAGAAUUCCUUGGGCCAGCGUUUCAGUAUGAAAAGCCAUUGGAAGCAGGCCUCUUUCGCUUCGGAAUCAUCGAUGCAUCGUGCACCAUGAAAAUGCGCUUUCCGUAUACGAUUGAGCAAGACGUUCCCAACAUCUCGGUCAGGGUUGAGUUAACUUACACGACAGAAGACGGCACCUAUCACUACUCCAGUACUUUCUCUGUCCCCGUCGCGCUCGCAUUAGGGGUCAACGUACAGGACGUUUUCAAGCACAAUGCACUGUUUUCCCGGUUCAGCGUCUCAACUGCAUCUUUCAGUCCACUGCGACUGUUCAAGACCGAGCUGAUUGACUCAGAGGUAUUUGCCGCUCAUUCAGCUGCUUCAGCGAGCAAGUCAGUCAUGGUGUUCCCGAGACAGCCUGCCAGCUUGCUUUAUAGAAUCACCCGCAAAGCGACUGGCACCAUAAAACCAAAGACGCAACGAACACUGUACCUGAAACUCUACUACAGUGUCCUCAUGGACGAGGUUGUUGCGCUCGUUGAGAAAUCUCUCACAGAAGCUAUCCAGCCACUGCCGAUAUCAUCGUUCUCUGGCUUCCUGAUUGGCCGACUCAUUGCGGAGAUGCAGUCCAGGCUAUCCGCCUACGAUCUGGAACGCGCCGCUCUGCUGGGAGAGGUCCCGACGUCGUUUAUCUCAACCUUUCUUUCCCGUCACAGCUUGGAAGGGCUGGGGCUGAUUCCCGGAAGCGGCGACGAUGCCUCUACCGCGCUGAAGCAAUUCCUCCGGGACUGGCAAUCGACACAUCCCAAGUUGGCCAUCAAGGAAAUCGAAUCUGCUAGUCGCUCGAUUCUCAUCCCUGUGGACGUGCCCUCAAUUCCUGUCUUCCACUCAGUUGACAUUCAGCUUCCUCCGCUCAAAGAGCAUCUUGUUGGCUCUACAGUAGCUGUCAACCAACUUCUCUCCGCUAAUCUCCGACUGCGAUGGACUAGGAUUUGGGAUACAGCCGUGAGCGAUGGCAAGGGCAUCAACAGAGACUAUGAGUUCAGCUACGAUAUCACGGCUCCUGGAGACACGUGGCUCAUUGGCGGUCGAAAGCGUGGAAACUUCAAGAGUUUGGGCGUCGAUAAGACAGAUGCCAAGUUUGGAGAGUCGGAGCUGCACGUGCCUGUUCUGAUUGUUCCCCUUCGUGAGGGGAGACUACCGUAUCCAAAUGUCGAGAUCCGUGAGGUCAAGAAGGAUGAUAACGAGGAGACGGCUGGGCAUCACGAGAUUGAUUAUCAGAACAUUGGCGAGACGGUCCGGGUAGUGGCUGACUUGCAGCGGGUGACGCUGAGUCUGGACGCUAGCGGCCCCAGUGGCGGCCCACUGGUUCUAGAGAGCGAACGGCGGGAGUUCGAACACCGCAUUCUACUGUAGACAAUCAAUGGGCCAGUAUUGCCUCAAAUUUUGCGCCUUCUCACGACGACACAAUAGUCAAUGUAAGGCAUGAAACUGCUCGAGCUUAGCUAAAGUUCGAUCCUGUGCAUAUUCAACAAACUCAACAACUGCCCGCUUUGGCUUUGAGCGUUCAAUAGGUAAAGACCUCAGGCUUCUGGGCUCGACUUUGCGGCGCAGUUCUGUCAGUCGGUGCCGUCGUGCCGUAGCCGGCCUUGGCCGACUAGCUCACGUAUGACUGUCGUUAGCUCCGCAAAGACUCGGUAACCAGGAUUGGACGAACCGGAAGCAACCGUAUCCUUCGCAACCAACCGGCACAGCCACCAUAAAAUCUAAGACAGAAAGGAUAUCGACUGGUGACCCAAGUCAGAUGACAUGCGCGGAAGCUGUGCCGCAAUAAAUCAG